GGUAGUAAUAUAUUGUAGUCAAUUGUCAUUUUGACAUAUACCUGUCUAUUGUGAUUUAUACUUUGGUGUUUUCUUUUUCUUGUAAACGGAACCUGCCAACGCAUAAAAAAUGGUUUUGCUUGAUAAUUCUUCGUUUAUAAUACGUUUGCAGAAGCUUGCAAAUUCAGCAAAAACAGAUUCUUCAUUCACUGUAACUUUUAAAAGAUACAAUGGUCAUGACAAACCUAAGCCACGCGAAGGAAAACCAGCACUACCUGAGCCUGAAGAAUACAUGUGUCUGAUGAGAGCUCAAUCAAAAUCUAAAAAGCUUUCCACUGUGGUUAAACAUGAGGAUGUUCCCAAAAUGAUGACCAUGUAUGCUCAAUUCAUGAAAAGUAGUAUGGAUGGCUUGAAACGUGUUAAAAAGGUUAAAAGUAAAGCCAAAGCCGCUAAGGGCUAAUAUGAAAAUACAAUUUUAACACGUAUUCGAUUCCUUCUGAUUGAUUUACUUUAAACUAGCAUUUAACGUUAUUUUUUUAAAUAUUCUAGAAUCAUAUAAGAAACAGAAAUAAAUAAAACAAAGGAUAUUUGUUACAAUGAUUUUAAAAAAUGUUACUAAAACAUAA